AUGGGUCAUUUAGGAUGUGUCCAUGCCCUGGACGAGUCCUCCACAGACCUACUCAGCCACCUGGAUGACUGCAUCCUCUUCAUAUGCGAUGCUUGCAAGGCAUCAAAAGCUGUCCUUGUGCAUUGCCAUGUAGGGCAAAGUCAGAGUGCGGCGGUGGUGACUGCUUACUUGGUGAAAUGUCACAAAAUGAAUUUUGGGGAUGCAUACGCCACACUCCAGCAACUUAAACCUGAUGUAAAUGUCUUCAAAGUCUCCCUUGUUUUCUUUCAGCUCUUGUGCCCAAAGUGCACCUCAAAGUUGGGCUCAUUGUACUGGUGUGGGGAACAGUGUUCCUGUAGUCGAUGGGUGACUCCUGCCUUCCUGAUGCAUAAAAACAGAGUGGAUGAAAUUAAACACAUUAGUAUAGCCACCAGAUCCGGCACCAGGAUAAAGUGA